AUGGAAAGCAAGGCUGGCCUAUCUGUUGAUAGGAAACUGAGGCCUAAGAUCCCACCACUGGAUGGCCAUGAAGGAGCGUGUGAGAAAGAUACUGGUUCAGAAGCACGGAAAAGAAAACAUCAAGGUACAUCCAUUUCUUCUAAUAAAAAACAACACCCAGAGGUUAUUGACUUGUGCAAGAACUAUGACCUUCCAGAAGUCAAACAACAGUUAUUUCAAUCAGCAGAAACAGAGCAACUGAUUGGUUCACUCAUCGGAAGCACAGGUCUUUCCUUUGGUAAAAAGAAGUUGAAAAGUUUCAAUCAAAGUACUGCUAUCUUCAUUUUUUAUUUCAGUAAGAUUGUUGGUGUUGCUAAUCCUCAUGAAGUUUUCACCACAAAGGUUUCGGGAUAUAGUACUUGGAUCAACAACUCUGCCACCUUUGGAAUUUCUUUGCAACCAAUACUGCAAGAGAAACUGAAUGAAAAGAUUGAUAGCAUGCAUUCCUACAACCGGGCAUUGCUGGAAGAAAGAGACAGAGUGGUGGAAAAUGUACUUGGAGAAUCCCCCUCCACUAAGUCACCAGAAGCAUUGACCAGUGAGGCAUGGGACAUGCUGACACUGAGCUCCACAAUCUACCAUUCCUUGAGGUAUGCAUUGGAUUGCAAGAAUACUAAUAACAGGAUCUCCUUUUGGGACACCUUCAAAAUUGCCUCCCAAAUGACAGAAGACUGUUUAUCAAAAGACCAGUAUUGCAAAAGAGCCAAAAAUAUUCUACUGGCACUGUCUACUGCAGUAGGACAAGAGCCAGCACUGUCACCAGCACUUUCAAAAAGGCUAGAGAACUGCUUUGGAGGCAAAGAUCCUGCAAGGAAGGCCCUGGAACUGGGGAAACUUAUUGACAACCUGGCCCAACAUAUCCGUGGUGGGGAAGCUGAGGCCAUGGCUUCCCAUAUCAAAAUUCUAAAGAAGGCUGGUUCCCGCAAACUUUCCAAAAAAAACUUGUCUAACAAUGGGAAAGGAGAGGAAUAUUUUACACUUUGGCUGCCAACUAUUGCUGUUGGCUUCUACACCAGAAUGGUCUUUCCAAGCACUGCCAUGGACAUAAAAAAGAGCAGUGAUUCCAAGAGCAGUGAUUCCGAGAGCAGUGAUUCAGAUGGCAGAGAUUCAGCAAGCAGUGACUCAGAUGCUUGUGAUUCAGAUGAUAGUGAUCCUCCACCUUUGAAGAAAGCAAAGAAGCCAAAGCCUCCCCAACCACCUAAGCCCAAGCCUAAAAAAGCACCUACAGCUUCUGCCAGGAACUGUCCGGAAGUUAACAAUGAGCAGGAACAGGAAGUCCAAUAUCAUAUUCCCUCCGACCAAGAAUGGAAAAGAUACCAAGAGGAGCAUGGGAUGCAAUGUUGGUUGCAUGUUGAAACAGAAAGAAUGAUCAUAAAGCUGAAUCUUUCCAAGCAAGAAACCUAUUGCAUUUCCCAUCUAUGCCACUAUAAUCAUGGAAGACAGGUUUGGCAUGUUGAAGAUGGGUUGGACACUCCCAAUAAGAGGAAGAGCUUCCAUCUCAUACAUGAAGAUGUGCCCGAGAUGACAUCAGUGGAAAGUCCUGUAGUCCAAGUUGCAAGACCGUUUUCUCCAAUAUGGGACCGGCUGGCAUCCACCUGCCCAUCCUGGGAUCCUUUAUUUCCCACCUUUGAGCCAACCAAACCAAACCUGGACCUUUCAUUCUUUAUCAAUGCUACUAUUGCUAUCAACCAAAAGAGUGCAAAGAAAGAUCAGAGGAACCUGAAAAGAACUGAGAAAACUAUUCAAGUGGGCUUUGGAUUUGUCAAUCGUAUGCGCCAAUGGUGUGGAUUUCCUCUUUUGGAAAAAUGCAUGAAACUCACCAAGGAACAGAAAAGGCUCUAUCUUAUGAUACUUGGACGCAUAUGUGAAUAUGUCUAUGCCAACAUGGAAGAAAUGCAAACAGAUACAAGCAAGGAACCCCUCUGUCCUGAUUUGUCCAGAGACUCCAGAUAUGCAGCCCAUUUUCGAGAGAAGCUUCAGCUUCCGCAAGCUUCCAAAAAGAGGAAGGACUCAGCCUUUGUCACCAUUACACCACUUGGUCCCAAGGAGGUUCCCAACAAUAUUGACCACAAGGACAAAUCCAACCCACAAGAUGAGGGGUAUCAUGAAACCGGAUGUUUCUCCCAAGUGGUGACUGUUGAUGGACAUGAGAUGUUUCUCUUUCAAGUUAUUCUUGCAAGUUGGAGAUGGAUUGCAUUUGAUUGCCAAAAUGACAACCAUAUAUAUGACCAAAUUGAAGAGCAAGAGAAGCAAAUAGAAGAAGACAACCAGGAACAAGAGGAUGUUGAUGAAGAAGAACAUGGAAAGGAUGAAAAAAAAGACAAGAGUGAAGAGGAUGAAAAUGAUGAAGAACAAGAGGAGAGUGAAAACAAUGAAGCAGACCUACAUGAAGAAGAAGAUCUUUUGGCUCUGGGAGAACACUAUGAUGCAUUUGUUGACAAUAGACCCAUGAUGCAAUUGGAAUUCCAACUUCAGCUAGUCAACGGAUGGGAAGAGCACCCACCAAUCUACACUUGUCAGCACAUACCUUUUCACCUCCUGGCCCCACUUGUUCAAUAUUAUGAUUCAGAUAUUUUUAAGGAGAAAUUUGAGAACGCCACUGGAAUCAUCCACUAUGACAACCAGGGCAAGGAAGAUGGAGAUGUGUACCUAGGAGGUACAGUGCAUGCUUUGACCCAUUGCUCCCACCAACCUAAACGACCAUGA